AUGGCGCGUUUAACGAGAGUUUUUCUUUUUGCCGCGUUAGUUGCGCUUCUGAAAGCGGAUGAUGACUUAAAAGACUUUGAAUUCAGUGAUCCAGAUGAGGUGAUGAUUGCUCAAGAGUCUAGGCAAUAUCAGACUGUAGUAAAGCCUCCUGUCAGGAUAGUGAAGCCUACUGGAGUGACAAAUUCGCAUAGACCCCAGUACAAUUUGGACUCUUUCGAGGAUAGGUCGCAGGAAAUGUUGGAAGAGUAUGAUAAUACACCGCGAAGAAGUUUGGUCAAGAACUAUAAAUCAUCUCAUAAGAUAAGAGCAAAGGAAGGAAUGGUAAAAGAUGCUGUGUUGAGAGCGUUAGAGCGGAAGGACCAUGUGGGCAAGUUUGCGCAGAUCCUGCCCAUCAUCAGAGCGAUGUCGGGGAAUCAGAGAGUAGCACUUGCGUCGUUAGUAUCCAGCCAAGUCAGUACCCCACCUGGCAGGGCGCCGUUAAAUCUAGCACAGGUGAGGUCAAUGUUCGGUAACAGUGACAACACUACAGACCUUAUGCUACCAAUACUCUUAGACAUGGCUAACUUAAUACGGAGAGCCGUCAGGUCAGGGAAGGAACCGAGAGAAGUGAAACAACCAUAUGAACCGCAACCACAAUUACUCAGACGAUCUUUCACAGAAGAAACAGAUUUAGAUGAUGAACCAUUUGACAUGGGUGAUGAGCCUACAACAGCUCGAUCCCGUAGAAUACUCCCAAGGAACCACACUCACAAGCCUAACACCAGAGAUAGAAUUCAGAACACGACACAUAAAGAAAUUCAAAACGUUACCAACACUAAAGUUGAUAAUUCUACAAUAUCAACAACGACGACAGAAGCAACCACUCCUAUGACAACUAGUAACAAAAGCCGAGCAACAAUAACAUCUCGAAUAGACAACGGGACGAUAGACCUUACAGCUGAGUCCACGAACCAAACACUAGCUCAAGAUCUUCCAGUGGCAGAGAAGCUGCGAGCUCUUAGCAGAUACACUGAUAGAAAAGGUGCAUCAUUCCGCCGCGGCGUCUACCAGCCAAAACCACCAUCUUUGAUUCGCCGCACCACUCCAGAGCCAGCCGCCACGCCACCGACUAUUCCUAAGAGACGACAGAUUCCGGCUAGAAAGCUGCCCACAUCAGCUGCAGACCCCAAUAAAUGUGAACUCUUUACGAACACCCUAUGUCUGCAUUCUGAGGAUUAUCCAACUGAAGCCAUCGUACAAUCAAUUCGCCGUAACAAGGCAGCUGCAGCAGCUCUCCUGGCUGACUACAAGGACCCUGGUGAAGGUGUGGUGGAUGGAGUCACGGCGGCACAAGAGGCUAAAUAUAAUGAACAGCACUAUCUUGUGUCUAACAGGCGAGGUGAUACAGCGAACCGUGACUUUGCUGGAGCCGGUGAAGCUGGCUUCAUGUGUCCCAGCACUGUGAAGUACGCCAGACCGCAACGAGCGAGGGCCACGUCUGGACAGUGGAAGUACAUUGUCAACACUGGAGAGCACACACAGACAUUGAGACUGGAAAAGUGCUUGAAACCCAAAGAGUCGUGCACUUAUUUAACUGACAACUUCAAAUCCAAGUGUGUGCAAGUGUACAACUAUCAUAGACUACUAACAUGGGAUCAGCAGAAUGGGCUUCAUAUGGACAUAUUUAAGGUUCCAACAUGUUGUUCCUGCCACAUUGAAGGCUACAGCGUAUCCUUCCCACCACUUGGCCACAGACUGCACGAAACUUCAUCAGAACACUUCCCCGGCGAAGAUUUAUCAUCAGAAACUGGAAACCAUGCGUUUGAGAACGUUCAAUCGACCAUACAAAAACCUAAAAUCAAAUCACCACCAUUUACUCACAAGAAACCUUUAGAAUCUUUUCCACCAUUCACAGAGAAUCAAAAUUUGAUACCUGGAAGUCCAUUCAGUAAACAUAAUGAUAAUGAUGACUCAGUGCCACUGAACCCAAUAGACUCGUAUGGAAACACAUAUUUCCCAGACUCAUUCAACCAAGCCACCUCAAUCAGACAAAUUAAACGACCACUUCUAGCAAGAAAUCCCGCCCAAACAAAUUAUGAUGAAGUUACAUUACCGAGUUACUUAGAGCCCCCCACUCCAGCAGCGGGUUCCUCAUUCAACAACUUUAUUAAAGACACUUCACCCAAAUUUAAAGUGCCCGGAAGUCAAUUUAAAAGGACAACAAGACCUAAUACGCCAUCACGAAGACCAAUCAGAAAGAAACUUGCCGGAGGACCAGACGACUUGGUAUCAUCAGGAUCUCAAGCAGUCGAAUAUCCACCAAAUAGCAGUGGAGACACGGCAGAAGAAGUAAAUGAUUACGAAGAACCUGAAAUUGGACAAGCAACCUCAGUGAACACUCCAAAACCAAGAAUCACAAUAGCACCAAAACUACCAGCUCUGACAACAGAAAAAAUAACACCAGCACACAAACAAAGGGAACCUAGUAAUACGAAUGAAAAUUUCAAUUCAAAUGGUAAGAGAGUAAACUAUAACUAUCAUCCAAUCAUAGACUUCUUUGAUGAAGACAAAGCUAUGGAGACAGAGGAAUCUAUAGACAGAGAAGACAUAGAAUCUAGCUUUAUACCAAGCGAGGAAUCAGAAUGGAAACCCAUAAACCACCCUCCUUCUAGAGAUAGUCAAAUAAAUACUGUUGGUAGAAAAAAACAUAAAUGA